GCAUACAGCGAUUCAGUGUAAUCUAAUCGGGCAAUACGAAUCCAUCAAUUGACAUAUGCACGUGUGCUCGCUAUGUGCGAAAAUAACCUACAACGAAGAUCAACUAUUUUUGAAUAUGCACAAUCGAAAAUAUUAUACAAUUACAAUAUGAAAAAUAUUUUCUAAUAAUUUAGUUGUACUUAGUAGUGUUUGUAUUUUUAGUGAACUGAAUUAUUGAUUCGAAUCAAAAUGCAUAAAGGAAGUCGAAUAUAUGUACCUAGCCGUGCUUUAGGUUAUGUUAGUAAUGAAAGACCUUUAAUUGUAAGAUAUAUUCAACGAAGGAAGGAAUACUUAAUUGUAACAUGCGUAGGUCGAUCUUUUCAUACUUACGGGUGUUCCCAUUUCACAUUAUUGAGCACGAGUGGGUUACAUCCAUCGGAUAUAACAUGUAUGACUGCAGAUGCUUUUCUUGUUUUCACGGCAGCAGACAACACAAUAUUUGCAUGGAGAAGAGGGCGAGAGCUAAAACACACUUACAGGGGCCAUGAAAAACCUAUUCACCUUAUGCUGCCAUUUGGUCCUUUACUGCUAUCUGUUGAUCGAGAUAAUGUUUUGAAAAUGUGGGAUAUAAAGACGGAGGCAUUACACUCGGAAUUAUCUUUUGACUCGUCAACAUUUCAAGUGUCGGCAAUAUUACAUCCAAGCACCUAUAUAAAUAAAAUAUUGGUUGGUAGUGAACAAGGUCAAAUGCAAUUAUGGAAUAUUAAUACAAUGAAAUUGUUAUACACGUUUAAAGGUUGGUUAAAGCCAAUUAAAGUUUUAGAGCAAGCACCAGCGCAAGAUGUUGUUGCCAUUGGAUUGACAGAUGGUACCAUAAUUCUGCAUAAUUUAAAAUAUGAUGAAACUGUUGUGGAAUUUCAACAAGAUUGGGGUUGCGUUUCAUCAAUUUCGUUCAGAACAGAUAGCAAGCCUAUGAUGAUAACGGGAAGCAUGAAUGGUAAUAUUGUCUACUGGGAUUUGGAAGAGAGGAAAUGUAUUGGCCAAUUAGAAAAUGCACAUGAUGGAGCUGUGCAUGGGCUGCAAUGCUUGUCAGGAGAACCUUUGCUAUUAACAUCAUCAAAUGAUAAUACACUAAAAUUGUGGAUCUUUGAUAUGCCUGAUGGUGGUGCAAGGCUGUUAAGAAUACGUGAAGGACAUUCCGCCCCUCCAAGUUUUAUUCGAUUUCAUGGAUCAUUAGGUCAAAACUUGCUGUCCGCUGGAGCUGAUUCUACUUUAAGAAUAUUUAAUACUGUAACAGAAACUUUCAAUAAAAGCUUGGGUAAAGCAUCUUCAAAUAGAAAAGCUACAAAGAAAAAACAUAGAACUGCUUAUGAUCCUUUAAUUUUACCUCCGAUUAUGGAGUUUACUACUGAAGUUACAAGAGAGAAAGAGUGGGACAACAUUGCAGCGUUACAUUUAGAUAAAUUGGCAGUUACUACUUGGUCGUAUGAUAAGUUGAAGAUGGGAGAAUUACAAUUAUUUCAUGAUCGAUUUAGAGAUACAAAUAAAUCUCAUAAAUAUUCAAAGGUAUAUGCUACCUGUUUAUGUUUAACAAAUUGUGGCAAUUUUGUUCUUAUAGGCUAUAAUAGUGGUCAUCUCGACAGGUUUAAUAUUCAGUCUGGAUUUCACAGAGGAACAUAUGGCAGCGACACUGCACAUAUGAGUGCUGUAAGAGGUGUUGCAACAGAUAAUUUGAAUUUAUUUACAAUAUCAGCAGGAGGUGAUGGAAUUAUAAAAUUUUGGCACUUCAAAAACAAAACAGACAAAGAAAUAUAUACAUUAGAUUUAAAAGAAAGUAUAUCAUUUGUGAGGUCACAUUCUGAGUCAUCUAUGCUUUGUGUUGUACUCGAAGAGUUUAGUAUAUGUAUUGUGGAUAUAGAUACAAGGUCUGUUGUGAGAAAAUUCAAAGGUCAUAGUGCUUCUAUUACGGAUGCUGCUUUCAGUCCUGACACUAGGUGGAUUAUAACAUCUUCUAUGGAUUGCACUAUUAGAACUUGGGAUAUACCUUCAGCAAAUUUAAUUGACCAGUUUAGAGUCGAGUCACCUUGCACAUCACUGACAAUGUCGCCAGUGGGAGAGUUUUUGGCCACUACUCAUGUUGAUUAUUUGGGAGUUUUUCUUUGGGCUAACAAAAGCUUAUAUACACAUGUAUCUUUGACUGCCAUAGACAGUGAAAAGGAAUGUCAUCUGGUAGACUUGCCUAAUACUGUAACAGCAGUAACAGAACUUGACGUAGAGGAGCAGGAUGACAAUGAUGAUAAAUUUGUAUCUCCUGAACAAAUAAACAAACAAUUGAUUACUCUUUCUAAGUUAUCUACAUCCAGAUGGCAAAACUUGUUAAAUUUAGAUAUAAUAAAACAAAGGAAUAAACCCAAAGAAGCUCCAAAAGUAUUAAAAACAGACUUAUUCUUUUUGCCUACAAUACCUUCUCUAAAUAUGACAUUUGAUUUAAAUAAGGAAAAAUCCGAUUCAGGAAUUCAUAGAACACUUAACUCAGAAGUAAUUCACAAUUUAACUCCAUUUGGGAAAUUGUUGGAAGAAUCUAUUGAGAGUAAUAUAUUUGAUAGUGUUAUUGAAGGAAUUAAAAAUAUGGGACCUUCUAGAAUUGAUUUUGAAAUAAAUUCGCUGUCUCAAAUUGGCAAUGCAACUGAAGGAAUUAUGUUACAAUUUUUAAAAAUGAUAGAUUUUAUGUAUAGUACGAACAAAGAUUUUGAGUUAGCACAAGCAUAUUUAGGAUUAUUUUUGAAAGUACAUGCUGAUAUAAUUUCUAAAAGCGAAUUGCUUCGAAAUUAUUUAAAUACUAUUACAAAAUCUCAAUCUAAGAGAUGGAAAAUUUUAGAAAAUCAGUUUUUCUACAAUAUAUCGAUUGUACAAAAUUUAAGAAACUUGUCUGGUUAA